AUCAGACACUCACGCAAUCGCAAUCGCAAGCUUAAGCUUUUCCCGCACCGCAUACACACAAUUGAGCUUCAGCAUCUUGUCUCAUACACACAUCUACCUACACACAUAUCAAACAUGUCGACCAAGGUUCUCGCCGACAAGGACGUCAACGCUGCCAUGACGGAGCAGCAGGCUCCUGUCAAGGAGGUCAAGAGCAUGGAGUAUCACCGCCAAAUGCUUCAGACCAAGAUGGCGCAAGAGGAGACGACGACCCAGUAUGUCUCGCCCUCAGACAACAUCAUGAGCCCUUGCACCGCCAAGAUCAACGCUCUGCGCAACAAGCACGCGAGCAAGGCCAAACCCAAGUCGCUGUUCGCCCAAGCCAGCGCUAAGAAGCUCAAGGGCGACAACCCCUUGGGCGCAAAGCCCGCCCCGACCAAGGCCUUUGGUCUGUAA